AUGUCGAGUACAGGCAAGCAGCUCAAGGCUAUCCGUGAGCUAGUCAAGCGCAAACAGUGGGAUGAUGUACUGCAAGAAUCCCAAGAUAUCAUAAAAGAAGACCCGAAGAACUUCCAGGCCCACCUUCUGGUUGGAUUCGCAUCAGCCGAGAAGAACAAGGUCGAAGAUGCAGAAAAGGCAUAUGAGGCUGCCGGCCGCCUCAAGGCCUCCGACUCACAACCAUGGCAAGGCUUGAUAAAACUGUACGAGAAGCAAGGUUCCGCUAAAAUCGCAAAGUACCAGCAGGCCGUGCUGAGGCUUGCUGCCAUAUUCCAUGAGCAAGAUGACAUGUACAAAUGCCAAGAUGUUGUGGAAAAGUUCCUCGAUUUUGCCAAUGCCCAUGGGUCUCGUGCCCAGUAUGCAGAGGCGCUAGGCGCAAUUGUCCCCGACAGUCCCCUUUACUCAGCUCUAGAAGGCCGGGUGCCACACCCAGCCAAGACGUACGAGAAGAUUGCUCAAAUUCUCGAAACCGAUGAGAAGAAGCGAAUCAACAACCUUAUUGGUGAGCGGCGGACAAGGAUAGGCGCAACACUCGGAAGUGUCACCGUUGAGGUGAAUCGCGAAAUUCUCAGCCAGAGCAGCCUUGGCCACAUUUACGAACAGCUCAUCAACUGGUCCACGGAUGAUGACAUCAGGCGUCAGUACGAAGAGAAGCUACUACGGUUUCGCUAUGACCGUCUGUUGGUUUUCUCCCCCGGCCCUGAGAAGGAGUCAGAGCUCGCAACAGUGCAGAAGCUUGCUGGUGACAUGGUAAUCAUCAACCAUCCUUUCAGGCUCGCAUGGGAUGUCACUGUCAAUUGGCAAGACUACAAAGAGAUUCGAGAGUGGGGUGUCACUAUUCUUCACGGCUACUGCUCUCAUUUUCCAGAAAGCGACUUGUACAAAGUACUCACGGCGUUCUUGACCAGUAGCAUAUCUCCCUUUCCAAAGAAAGAGGCACCGGAAUCUGGAUCUGCACACUCAAACAGGGACGAGGAUACCAGCGAAGAUGAUGAGGACGGCGGCGCGCCCACAUCUGUCAUCCCAUUUACUGAUGCUGACAGACUGUCGAUGAUGGAAGAAGGUGUUGAAUCAACCGACUCGCUACUCGCCUAUCGCCUCAUCGGAGAGUACUAUCAGCACCUCGAAGAGCAUGAGCGCAACGUCGAGCUUAUGCGCAAAGCGAUGCAGGUUAUGGUCGACUUAACAAACAAGAUCGGAAAAGUCUUCAUCCACACAAACCAAUCAUACAUGGUGUACUUGGGCACAGCUUUAGUCUUCUAUCAGUCGCCAAGAAAUCACGGAGAGGCAAAGUUUCUCUUUGAUAAAGUUCUCGAAGUAGACCCGUCUUCCACACCUGCCCAAAUCGGAGUCGGUCUCAUUUACGAGGAAGAGGAGGAAUAUGACGCUGCUAUAGACUUUCUCGAGCGAGCCCUCCAGCGGGACAGUAGCAACCUGCGCGUCAAAGCUGAGGUGGCGUGGCUCUACGCUCUUAAAGGCGACUACACCCGUUGCAAAUCAGAUAUGGAGUCCAUUCUGGAAAUAAUGUCUGGAAAAGAUUCGGUCUCCAAAGAACUCCUUGCCCAGACGCAACAUCGCCUCGGAGUCUGUAUUUGGAAUUUAGACACCUCGAAAGCCGCCCGCAAAAGCCGCACGGGUGCAUACGCUUAUUUCAUUGACGCCCUGAAGAGCGACUUCGCUUAUGCCCCAGCGUACACAAGUCUGGGUAUUUAUUACGCCGAGUACGCCAAGGACAAGAAGCGAGCUCGGAAAUGUUUUCUUAAAGCUGUGGAGCUCUCGCCUUCAGAAGUACAGUCUGCAGAACGCCUAGCACGUUCCUUUGCAGACGACAGCGACUGGGAUCGAGUUGAGCUCAUUGCUCAGCGCGUCGUUGACUCAGGAAAAGUGCGUCCACCUCCCGGCUCGAAGCGGAAGGGCAUCAGUUGGCCGUUCUCCGCCCUUGGCGUAGCAGAGUUGAACAAGCAAGACUAUGCAAGGUCUAUUGUUUCAUUCCAGUCCGCUCUGCGGAUGUCUCCCAAUGACUACCACUCAUGGGUUGGGCUUGGCGAAAGUUACGCUAACGCCGGAAGAUUUAUUGCUGCGACUAAAGCUAUCCUCAAUGCACAGAAGCUAGAGGAAACCGCCGGUGAGAAUAUCGUAGGUGAUACCUGGUUCGCCAAGUACAUGCUCGCCAACGUCAAACGCGAGAUAGCUGAGUAUGAUGAUGCUCUAGUGCUGUACCGUGAAGUCACAGAUGCUCGGCCAGAUGAGGCGGGUGUGAUGCUGGCACUGAUGCAAACCUUGGUGGAAAGUGGCCAAGACAGUAUAGAGAAGGGAUUUUUUGGCAAGGCAGUGGAGCUGGCGGCAGAAACCAUAUCCUUCGCUUCAGGUCUACCUCUAGAGGUUUCAAGCACUUUCAACUUCUGGAAAGCAAUCGGCGAUGCUUGCUCUAUAUAUUCCUCAGUCCAGAGCUACACUGGAAAUUUCCCCGCCGAAGACAUCCGAAAACUUAUCGACUCAGGCGAAGACCAUGCAGCGGCGUACGCCAUUUUACAUGACGUUGAUGGGGUUGAAAGGACUGUCAUCUUGGCGAAAGGGCUGUAUCCGGAAGAUGAGCGCCCCGGUGUGGAUCUGACAAGAAGCCUUCAUGCAUCUAUCCUUGCGCAUAAGCGAGCUGUACACCUGUCUGCUCAAGAUGUGCACGCUCAAGCUGUAGCGUAUUAUAACCUGGGCUGGGCCGAGCAUCGAGCGCAUAUUUGCUUGCCCGUCAAUCUCAAGUCAAAAGCCAGCAGAUAUCACAAAGCUGCUGUAAGGUGUUUCAAGCGAGCUAUAGAACUUGAGGCGGGGAACCCCGACUUCUGGAACUCAUUGGGUGUCGUGACUAGUGAGAUCAACCCGUCUGUCGCCCAACAUGCAUUCGUCCGAAGUCUGCAUCUGAACGAGCGGAGUCCUCACACCUGGACAAAUCUGGGCGCACUGGCUUUGUUGCAAAACGACAUGCAACUUGCCAAUGAGGCCUUCACGCGAGCGCAAUCCAACGAUCCAGAUUAUACCCAUGCCUGGCUUGGACAAGGGUUUGUUGCACUGCUCUACGGUGAUGUUCGUGAAGCUCGCGGUCUAUUCACUCAUGCAAUGGAGAUAUCUGAGUCAUCGUCUUUGCUUACAAGACGUCAAUAUUCCGUCUCGCUCUUCGAUUACAUUCUUACGAACCCCUCAAAUCUGAGUGUCAUGUCAGUGGUUCAACCACUGUUUGGCCUUGAGCAACUGCAAGCUCUAGAUCCUCAAGUCAUUGCUUAUGGUCAUCUUUCAACAUUAUACCAAGAGCGCACGAACGACAGCCCUCGAGCUAUUGCGACACUGGAAAAAGCAUGCGAUAAUUUGGAAGCCAACUAUGAAGCAACCGAGUCUCCAGUCUCUGCCGGCCGUUUUGCUUUGGCCAAAACAGACCUGGCGCGAUCUUACCUUGCUGCUGGUAGGUAUGAAGAUGCGAUUGAGUGUGGAGAGAUAUCAUUGGAGCUUAGCAGCAUUGAGUCUGGAAGCGAGCUUACAGAGGAGCAACGGAAGAAAGCACGUCUGUCCGCUCAUCUAACAAUCGGACUAGCUCAGUAUUUCAAUGAUAAUGUCGAUGACUCCUUGGCGUACUUUGAGUCAGCUCUCGAGGAGUCGGACAGCAAUCCUGACGCCGUCUGCCUACUAGCACAAGUUCUUUGGGCCACCGGCACGGAAGAGGCACGGGAAAGAGCUCGGUCUUUACUGUUUGAUGUGAUUGGCACAGAUUCAACCCAUGUGCAGUCUGUUCUGUUACUAGGUAUAAUUGCCCUGCUUGACGAGGACCAAGAAUCUCUUGAAGCUGUUGUGGCUGAGCUCCUCACUUUACGAACAAGCGACAAGAUCACGGACGCCGAGCAGUCCAAAAUUAGCGAAGUACUGCGGGCUGUUGCUGCUCUCUCUGCUAACGGCACCGAGGAUGAUGUGACUGCUCAAGUACAAAGCGAUGUGAUGCUGUAUCCGAAUAUGCCGCAUGGCUGGUCAAGGCUUGCCGAUUCCAGCGGUGAAGAGUACCCCGCUGAAAUGGCUCUGAAGGUCGCAGCAAAAGCCAUCCCACCCCGAGGAGAUCUCGGCGCAGCUGAUCUAGCCAAUGCGUACGCGGGUACAGCUAGGGCCGCCGAUGCUCAAAUAUCUAUAUUCAUAGCGCCAUGGGCCAGCGUCGGGUGGGAGAGCUUAAACAAUGCAGUCGCGGGCUGA